GCAGGGGAAGCGGGAGCCAUCGCCAUGGUAGGGAUUCCCCGCGCGUUCUCAAUCCCUAGCGCCCAAUUUCCCGCCAAUAUAAGAUCCUUGCCUGCUCCGGCGAUCGCCGCAGCCCUGAACCCUCACAGGAUGCCGAGGAAAGCAGCUCGCGGCGCCACCGCCGCCAGCAAGAAAGCAGCGCCCGCCGCCGGCAAGAAAGCAGUGCCCGCCACGACUGCCGCCGGCAAGAAAGCCGCGCCCGCGGCCGGCAAGAAAGCAGUGCCCGCCACGACCGCUGCCGGCAAGAAAGCCGCGCCCGCGGCCGGCAAGAAAGCAGUGCCCGCCACGACCGCUGCCGGCAAAAAAGCCGCGCCGGCGGCCGGCAAGAAAGGAGCAGCGCCGGCCGCAAGCAAGUACUGGCUGCUGAAGACGGAGCCGGGGGAGUGGUCGUGGUCGGACCAGGCGGGCGCGCCGGGCGGCGUCGGGCCGUGGGACGGCGUGCGCAACCACCAGGCCAUGAACAACCUCCGCGCGAUGCGCCGCGGCGACCGCUGCCUCUUCUACCACUCGGGCGCCGGCGCCGCGUCGCGCCGCGUGGUGGGCGUCGUCGAGGUCGCCAGGGAGUGGUACGAGGGCCAGGAGGGGGAGGCGACGGCCGGCGGCGCCGUGGACGUGCGCGCCGUCGGGGAGCUCCGGAGGCCCGUGUCGCUGGAGGAGAUCAAGAAGGCGGCGGCGGCGGGGGAGAUGGAGGGGAUGAAGGACUUCGCGCUCAUCCGGCAGGCCCGGCUGUCGGUCAUGCCCGUGCCGGUGGAGGUCUGGGAUUGGAUUUGUGAGAUGGGUGGUGGCUUCGUGCAGGACGGGGAGGUGGGAGAAGAAGAAGAAACAGAGGCUUGAUAUGCUCUGAACUCUGAAGAUGCAGGUGACAUAAUGCCGUGGGAAGGAUCAUUUUGUGGUGUCUUUUGACCUGCAAGUGCAAGAGAUGGGCAUUUCUGAGGAGCAUUUCAGUGACAUUUUGUGUAUCCUCUCUAACGUUUGCUGUCUCUGCAUCGCGGCCUGGCCAAUUGUGUAUUCUCUAGCUAGUAAGUACUUACUUAUAAGUUCAGUGGUCGAUGUUGGCAAUGUUUGCAAGAACGGUUGGGUCAUAUGAUGUUCUUUGUGGCUGUAUGGAUAUGAUGUUCACUGAAUUUUCGAGCAGUUGGUUUCAUGCCGUGGAUGGUAUGACACACAACAGUUUUAUGGAUGUCCUGUAUUAGGUAGUGUGUUAAAUGAUGAUCAUAUGGAUGCCGUGACUAAAGUAGGAAGUGUAUUGUAGCUGUGUACACGCUGUUUCAA